AUGGGUCUCACACCAGUACAUUUCUUUUCCCAUGGCUCAACGAUGAUGCUGGGGGAAGAAUCCGAGAGUGCCGACUACUGGAAGAAUUGUGGAGAUGAAGCGCUGGCGCGAAACAUCAGAGGUGUGGUCAUUAUGGGAGCUCAUUGGGAUUGCAUGGGCGACAAAAUCGAACUGGCAACGAAUCCAAACCCAGACAAAAGUCCUGUGGCCUACGUGCAUCCGGACAAGUACCAGAACUACAAGCUCAUCCCCGAUCUCGAUACUACAGAGCGUUGCAUCACGAUGUUGGCCCGGGAGGGCUUCAACGUCAGCGGCAAUCCGAACUUCGACUGGAUUCACGAUGUAUAUCUCAUCUUGAUCCGCAUGUUCCCGGGGGGUUGCCCGCCCACUACGUUGGUCUCGGCAAACGCUCGCUACGAUCCUCAUUUCCACAUGAGGAUUGGUGCCACGCUGCGUCCCCUCCGCCGAGAAAACUACCUGGUCAUCGGAACGGGCGGUGCUGUACACAAUUUGUAUCGGAACAGAUGGGCCCCAAUGAUGCGCUUCCGGGACAACUUCGCAAUGGAGACAGCCCCAGAAGAUUGGGCGAUGGAGUUCCGACAAGCGUUCGAGGAUGUGGUCACUAAGACCUCCGGAGUGAACCUGCGCCGGGCGAUGGCAAGGCUGAUGAAGCACCCACGGUUUCGGGACGCGCAUGCCACCGACGACCACUUUAUGGCUGCGCUGUUCGUAGCCGGCGCUGCCGGACAUGAGGAAGACCGCAAUACACCCGCAGUGCUCGGCGCCGAGAGUUGGGAGUUGACCAACAUGUGUAACUCGCAGUUCACUUUUGGGCGUUGGCCGAAGGAAAUAGCUGCAUAG